AUGGCUAAAAAGGGAAAGAAAGGAGGCCAAGCCGGAGGUGACUUCUGGGAUGACGAAGAUAUGGCCCAAGAGCAACCACAAGCCGAAGAAUUCGGUACACCACUGGAAACUGCAACUCCAGAACCGGAAACAGAAAACAGCGAACCACAAGAAGCCUCAGCAGAAGAUAUUUCUGGAGAUUUUUUAAACUCAAUUCGUAAGAACAAACAAAAGAAGGCUCAAAAGGAAGAAACUGAAAAGGCAAAUGCUAAUAAUGGAGGUGCCCCAAAAUUGUUAUCUAAGAAAGAAAAGGAAAAGUUGAAGAAAGAAGCUGAAAAGCAAAAGAAAAAGGAGCAAGCUCAAAAGAAGAAAGCUCAACAAGCUUCCAAGAAAGAACAAAUCAAAGAAGCCAAUAAACAAAAUGCCGCUGCUGCUGCCGCUAGUUCUGCAUCUUCUUCUGCUGCUGCUACUCCCGAACCUGAAGAAGCUCCAGUUGAACCUGCUAAGAGCAAACCUGCUAAAAAAGGUAAGAAAGCUCCAGCUGGUCUUGCUGCUUUGAAGAAACAAUUGGAAUUGAAAAAACAAUUGGAAGAAGAGCAACGUAGAUUGGAACAAGAAGAAGAAGAACGUAGAUUGGAAGAAGAAAAACUUGCUGCUGAAGAAGAAGCCAAGAAAGAAGCUGCCAGAGCUGCCAAAAAGGAACGUGAAAGAUUAAAGAAAGAACAAUUGAAAGCUGAAGGUAAAUUGUUAACCAAGAAACAAAAGGAAGAAAAGAAAUUGCAAGAACGUCGUCGUCAACAAUUGUUACAAGCUGGAAACGUUUCAGUUGCUGGUUUGAACAAAACUGAUUCCGAUACACCAAAACCAAAGAAAAUCGUUUACACAAAGAAAAAGUCUACCAAACCAAAGACUUUUAUCCAAAAAUCAGCUCAAACUAAAGCUCCUGUUGCAAAGACUGAAGACGAUGAAGAUGAAGCUUUGGUUGAUGAUUGGGAAAAGAUGGCAUUGGAUGACGAUGAACCUGUUGUUGAUGACUGGGAAGCUGCUUUGGAUGACGAAAAUGUAACCAAAGAUGAAGAAGAAGCUGGUGCCGAUGCUGAAGCUGAAACUGAAGCUGAAAAGGCCAAGGCUGCUCAACUUGAACAAGAAAGACUUGCUGCUGAAGCCAAACGUAAGCAAGAAGAAGCUGAAAGAAAAGCCAAACAAGAGGCAUUGAAGAAAGCUGCUGAAGAAGCCAAAGCCAAGGAACUUGCUGCUCAAAAGAAAUCAAGUACUCCACCUGAACAGGAUUUGCGUUCUCCAAUUUGUUGUAUCUUGGGACAUGUUGAUACUGGUAAAACCAAGUUAUUGGACAAGAUUCGUCAAACUAACGUUCAAGGUGGUGAAGCUGGUGGUAUUACCCAACAAAUUGGUGCCACUUACUUCCCAGUUGAAUCCAUUAAACAAAAAACCGCUGUUAUGGCUCAAUACGAAAAACAAACCUUUGAUGUUCCUGGUUUGUUGAUCAUUGAUACACCAGGGCACGAGUCCUUUACCAACUUGAGAUCUCGUGGUUCAUCCUUGUGUAACAUUGCUAUUUUGGUUAUCGAUAUUAUGCAUGGUUUGGAACAACAAACAUUGGAAUCUAUCAGAUUGUUGAGAGAUAGAAAAGCUCCAUUCGUUGUUGCCUUGAACAAAAUCGAUAGAUUGUAUGACUGGAAGGAAAUCCCAAACAACUCUUUUAGAGAUUCUUUUGCCAGACAAACCAAGGCCGUUCAAUCGGAAUUCCAAAACAGAUAUGAUCAAAUCAAAUUAGCCUUAUCUGAACAAGGGUUGAACUCCGAAUUGUAUUUCCAAAACAAGAACAUGUCCAAAUACGUUUCCAUUGUUCCAACCUCCGCUGUUACUGGUGAGGGUGUUCCAGAUUUGUUGUGGUUACUUCUUGAAUUGACCCAAAAGAGAAUGUCCAAACAAUUGAUGUACUUGUCUAAAGUUGAAGCCACUAUUUUGGAAGUCAAAGUCGUUGAAGGUUUUGGUUACACCAUUGAUGUUGUUUUGUCCAACGGUAUUUUGAGAGAAGGUGAUCGUGUGGUCUUGUGUGGUUUGAAUGGACCAAUUGCAACCAAUAUCAGAGCGUUAUUAACUCCACCACCAUCACGUGAAUUGAGAGUCAAAUCUGAAUAUGUUCAUCUUAAAGAAGUCAAAGCUGCUUUGGGUGUCAAGAUUGCUGCUAAUGAUUUGGAAAAGGCUGUUGCCGGUUCACGUUUGCUCGUUGUUGGAGAAGACGACGAUGAAGAAGAAUUGAUGGAUGAAGUUAUGGAUGAUUUGACUGGUUUAUUGGACACUGUUGAUACAUCCGGUAAAGGGGUUGUUGUUCAAGCCUCCACCUUGGGUUCUUUAGAAGCAUUGUUAGAUUUCUUGAAGGACAUGAAGAUUCCAGUUAUGUCUAUUGGUUUAGGUCCAGUUUACAAGAGAGAUGUUAUGAAAGCAUGUACCAUGUUGGAAAAAGCCCCAGAAUUGGCUGUGAUGUUGUGUUUUGAUGUCAAGGUUGAUAAAGAAGCUGAACAAUAUGCUGAAGAACAAAAUAUCAAGAUCUUCAAUGCCGAUAUCAUUUAUCACUUGUUUGAUGCUUUCACUGCUUACCAAGCUAAAUUGAUGGAAGUUCGUCGUAAGGAAUUCAUGGAAUAUGCUGUUUUCCCAUGUGUUUUGAAGACAAUCCAAAUUAUCAAUAAAAGAAACCCAAUGAUUAUUGGUGUUGAUGUUGUUGAAGGUACUGUCAAGAUCGGAACACCAAUCUGUGCUGUGCGAACUGAUCCAGUCACCAAACAACCAAAUAUCUUGUUGUUAGGUACUGUUGUUUCCUUGGAAGUUAGUCAUAAACCACAUGAUUCUGUCAAGAAGGGUCAAACUUCUGCUGGUGUUGCCAUGAGAUUGGAAAACCCAUCUUCUUCUCAACCAACUUGGGGACGUCAUGUCGAUGAAAGCGAUAACUUGUACUCAUUGAUCACUCGUAAAUCCAUUGAUACUUUGAAAGACCCAGCUUUCCGUGACAGUGUUAGUAGGGACGACUGGUUGUUGAUUAAGAAAUUGAAACCAGUGUUUGAUAUUAAAUAA